GGGGGGGGGUAUUGUCUAAUUAAAUAUUGGGUUCAAUUAUACAUAUUCCAGACGACAGUGUGCGUUAGCGCGAAGUAUCCUAGUUUGAACUCGCUAAUAUGCUUUGAAAUGCCUUGUAGUGGCAAUAUUAUAACGCUAGAGGACACUGUUGCUCCCUUUAUCCAGGGAUCAGCUUGUUUACAUGUUACAUGCGGAACUUAUAAGGUACAAAACAUCGAUUCUCAGUUUGCGGUGAAAGGGCCUUUUCGGAGAAAAGGGAUUUUGCCCUGUUGUCAGCUGACUGUUGCACAACAAAUGGAGAGCAGAAGGCGGCGUGUCCGAUGUCCAACUAUCCGGUAUUCAUAAUUUCAUGUAGUUAGGAGAUCAACAGUUCCAACCAGGACCAAGUGUUAGGGGCUGAUCGCCAGAGGACGACACAAAACAUGGCUGGUUCCUUGGAUGGCCAGAGGACUCACAGAGCGGAACAUUCCACGGGGCUCUGGGACUCUGUGAGGAAGGCCGCCUUCGUCAUCGGAUCCAGCCUCUUCUUCCUGGCUGCGUUCCGGAACUCCAUCACAUGGCAUCUGCAGAGGUUCUGGGGGGCGUCUGGAGACUUCUGGCAGAUGCAGUGGACUAAAGUUCACGCACUGUUCGGUGGAAGGGAGUGGGCCUUGUUCUUCGUGGGGACCAUGUUGGUGCCCACUGUGUCCUUCUGGCUGCUCAACGCCCUGUUCCUCAUCGCCGACGCCACGGGAAAGCCCAGCUUCAUCACCCGCUACAGGAUCCAGCAGGACAAGAACAAUCCGGUCGACCCGGUGAGGUUACGCCAGGCCAUCAGGAAGGUUUUGAGGAACCAGCUGUUCCUGUCCGUGCCCAUGGUGCUGGUCACCUACGCUCUGAUGCAGUGGCGAGGGACCCCCUGUAGCCUGGAGCUGCCCACGUUCCACUGGGUUAUGCUGGAGCUGGCUGUCUGCGGCCUCCUGGAGGAGAUCCUCUUCUACUACUCACACAGGCUCUUCCAUCACCCAGCCUUUUACAAGCACAUACACAAGAUCCAUCAUGAGUGGACCGCACCCAUUGGGGUGGUGUCCCUCUAUGCCCAUCCAGUGGAGCAUGUGGUGUCCAACAUGCUGCCUGCCCUGAUUGGCCCGAUUUUCCUUGGCUCCCACCUGACCACCACGUCCCUGUGGUUCACCAUCGCGCUGCUUGUCACCACCAUCUCUCACUGCGGGUACCACCUCCCCUUCCUGCCAUCUCCCGAAUUUCACGACUUCCAUCACCUCAAGUUCAACCAGUGCUUCGGCGUACUCGGCGUUCUCGACCGGCUGCACGGCACCGACUCGGCGUUCCGGCAGACAAAGGCCUACGACCGGCACGUGCUGCUGCUGGGCCUGACCCCUCUGACGGAGAGCAUUCCCGACCAACCCAAGAAGAAAGAGUGACCUUUGCCCUUUGACCCCAGACACUCAGGCAGAGAGGGAGGCGCCAUCCACAAAUCUACCAGAUGACCUGAACGGGGAGGACCAGCACUUAUGAACAGAACUCUUACAUAAAGCUUCGGUUCAACAAACAACUUUACUGAUGUUUGUGCUCCAGGAAAAAUAGCCUUAAUUAUUUUUGUAGCACUUUUUAGUAUCGUCCAAACUUUAAAAACUUUUAUUACAAAGCAGUGGUCCCUGUACAUAUCAAAUAUAUACAUAUAUUAAUUUAAACACUACAAUGUAAAGUAUUAUACAUUUUAAAAGAUCCCUUGCUGUUUGCAUUUUAAUUAUUCUCCUACAACCAUGUGGUAUUUUCUUUUUAUAGACAAGUGACUUGAUCAGACAUUUAGAAUAAUGUUAAUCUAUGUACAUUGGUUUGCAAAAUAUUUCCAAUAGUGAUUUGACAGCAUACACUUAACAUUCCACUGCUUGCACUGUCAUACAAACUAAUGUAGCUGUUUUUUUUGUGGUACACUGUUCUCCUGCAAU